UACGGACCCUCAAAGGUCGGGCGUCGGCUCCCCACUGCCUGACCGGAAGUAAACAUAUUUGGCCCGGAAGUGACGGGCCACGCUGCGGCGGAUCCCACCCCAACCGGAGAGUUUUUGUCGAAGACCGGGCCCGAACGGCGCCUUCCCCCCCCCCGGAGACCACCCAACCCGGCGAGGGGGAGAGGCCCGGCGGUGUGGUGGCCUCGCUUCCUGCAUGUCGGAGGCCUCGGAAGUCUAAGGGGCUGCAGGCGAGGCUGGCUUCCCCCGGAGGAGGCUCGGCUCGGGUUUGGAUGACCAGGCUCUGAAGAACCCACGAGCUGAAUCCAGGGUCUGAUCUACUGAUGUAUAACAGAGGAGAGAAAUGAAGGGACAGCAAAAACCUACAGAGACAGAAGAAGGUACAGUGCAAAUCCAGGAAGGUGCAGUGGCAACAGGUGAAGAUCCCACCAGCGUGGCCAUUGCCAGCAUCCAGUCAGCCACAACCUUUUCCGACCCAAACAUCAAAUACGUCUUCCGAACAGAGAAUGGGGGUGCUCAGUUGAUGUAUAGGGUGAUACAAGUAGCGGAAGGGCAGCUGGACGGCCAGACGGAGGGCUCCGGUGCCAUCAGCGGCUAUCCUGCGACGCAGUCCAUGACACAGGCUGUCAUCCAAGGUGCAUUCACCAGCGAAGAUGCAGUUGAGACAGAAGCCACGGCCACUGAGACACACUAUACGUACUACCCUGCCACCGCGGUGGCGGACACCAGCACUUCGGCUGGGGCAGGGACCACGGCCACGGCUGUGGUGACGACCCAGAACUCUGAUGCCUUGCUGGGACAGGCCACGCCAACCGGCACCGGGCAAUUUUUUGUCAUGAUGUCGCCGCAGGAGGUUCUGCAGAGUGGGACGCAGAGGUCUAUCGCCCCCAGGACUCACCCCUAUUCCCCAAAGUCGGAAGCUCCACGAACGACUCGGGAUGAGAAGCGUCGAGCGCAACACAAUGAAGUGGAGCGUCGGCGCAGGGACAAGAUUAACAACUGGAUCGUGCAGCUCUCCAAGAUUAUCCCAGACUGUUCAAUGGAGAACACCAAAUCUGGACAGCACACGGCAAAAGAGAGGCUGCUUGGGCCAUUUUCCAGCUGUGAGGAGGGCAAGAGUAAAGGUGGGAUCCUGUCCAAAGCCUGUGACUACAUUCAGGAGCUGAGGCAGAGUAACCUCCGACUGUCGGAGGAGCUUCAAGGGCUCGAACAGCUGCAGAUGGACAACGAAGUUUUGAGACAGCAGGUUGAAGACCUGAAAAACAAGAACCUGAUCUUGCGAGCGCAGCUGCGUCAGCAUGGUGUGGAGAUCAUCAUCAAGGACGCCCACUGACCCUGCAGCUCAGACCACCACGCUCUUCGGCACCGCAGGAGAUGGGGGAUCCCCCCGCCCCUCCCCACCCCCAGUGCUUCCAAGCCAGGCUCCCACUCUGUUGAGCAGAACCAGAAAGCAGCGGAAAUCGCUCAGGGACCAGGGACUGAACUUGGGACUCCGCCUCACCCCCCCUCGGCUGGCCCCCUUCGAGCCAGAUGCUGCCUCUUGACAAACGUACUUCCUUGUUUCAUAGCCAAAUUGGUUCCCGGGUCGUGUCCUUUGGUCUCACCACUCAUUCCCCUGCCUUUUCCUUCUUUUGCUGAGCAGCGGCGGCAGCACAUCUGGGCACUCAAACUACCUGGCACAUCUGCGCAUGCAUGCAAAGUCACAUAGUCACGUUGCACGUCCCCCACACGUGUUCCCAGCCCCCCACCCCACCCCCAAAUAAUUUCCAAAACUUCUAGUCACUUGAUUCUAUUUACGCUGUGGAGCGGAUCCUGACAGUUGAGCUCAUGGCCUAGCUGACUCACCGCCAUCUCUCCAGCCCCCGCUUUAUGGCUCUCUCUGGGCCUCUCCUCCCGCCUGGCCUGGGCUUAACCCUUCUGAGCACAGAAGACUGCAGCCGGGGCGCUGCCUGUUAGUCUCCUCUACCCUCACUGCUGGAAGGCCACGACAGGGAAGCGGGGCCCUCCCCAUCCUCAGAGAACCCAGGUUGGUGCUGGGAACGCGCCGCGCCUCUUCCGUAUCCUCCCCCUCCUUGACCUGAACCCGCCCCCCCCCCCAGUCAGAUGAUUUAACUUCAGCCUUGAACCAUGGAAGCCAAGUGCGAAAGGAGGUGAGUGCGCCAGAAGCAGAAGCCGUUAUCCUCUCGGAGGCA